AAAGCAGCCACGUGUAGAAAACUUUAACGAGGAGUAGAUAAAGACUGAGAGACUGCCUUGGCGCUUGCAAAAACCAUAGCUUGAAAAAGCUUAUCAUCAUCUUCUCCUACAUGUAUGGUAUUAACAGACUCACACUUCUCGGAGACUCUGAGCACAGACUAAAUUGAGCCAACACAGUUUUUCUUUUCCUUCUUUCUUUUUUUAUUUGGGGGGUUUAGAGAAUGGGAACCACAUCGCUCUAUGAGAGCGUUAUGGGGGCCCAUUCACUGCCUCGUUUAUUUCCUAAACCUCCCAAACAACCAUUACUUACAGGUUGUCUGUUUUCACUAAAAUCUCGCUCCAAGUUUUUUACUUCCAAGCUUUCUCUUCGCAACCCAACUCUCAUUUCCUCCAGGUAUUUUAGCCAGUGGUCUGCAAACACAUUUGAGGAGUGGUUUGGUCGCUUUUUGCUAGCUUAUGAAAGCUCAAAUGGCCGUGCGUUAAGGCAUCCUGAUUACAAAAGCUGCAGGAAGACCACCGGAUCGACGCAUGUUAUGGAUCAUAAUGGUUCCCUAGAUAAAGCAUUUUCAGAGAACUUAAAAAGGGAAUUUCUUAAAGCUAGGGAUGUCCUUUUUGCUGAUAAUUCAGUUGGUCAUUUUCUGAAGGCUCUGCUUCUGUUUGGCUUUCUUACACUUCAAGGAUCUCAACCAGCAUUAGCUGGUCCUGAUAUUGCUAGUGGGCUGCAGUCAAUUCCUUAUUUAUCGGACCUUGGUGAUAUUAGCACAGGUUUUGCUUCAGCAUUCUUGCUGAUCUUUUUUUCUGAACUAGGAGACAAGACCUUCUUUAUUGCGGCACUUUUGGCUGCUAGGAACUCUGCUGGAGUUGUGUUUGCUGGGACUUUUGGUGCACUUGCGGCCAUGACCAUCAUAUCUGUUGCUCUUGGACGAACUUUUCAUUACGUUGAUGAAAUCCUACCCUUCAGGUUCGGCGAGACUGAUUUACCUAUCGAUGAUAUUGCUGCAGUUUUACUGUUGGUUUAUUUUGGGGUUUCAACAUUGCUUGAUGCCACCUCAAGUGAUAGUGUAAAAGCAGAUGAGGAACAAAAGGAGGCAGAGUUAGCAGUUUCGGAAUUUUCAGGGAACGGCGCUGGAAUAUUAGCUGCUGCUAACACUGUCAUUAGCACUUUCAUCCUAGUUUUUGUUGCAGAGUGGGGUGAUAAAUCAUUUUUCUCCACAAUAGCACUUGCUGCUGCCUCUUCACCUCUUGGAGUCAUUGGAGGAGCAUUAGCUGGUCAUGGGGUCGCAACUUUACUUGCCGUUUUGGGAGGUUCUUUAUUGGGGACAUUCCUAUCAGAGAAGGCAAUUUCCUACAUUGGUGGGGUUCUUUUUCUAGUCUUUGCUGCCGUAACAUUGGUGGAGAUAGUGAAUUAGAGAAAGAAAAGAAAAAGAUAAAUGGUUUUAUUGAAGAUUUGUACCAACUUUAUGACAAAUGAGUUGUAUAUCUAUGUGGACUUAUCCAAACAGCUUUUUCCAUCCAAUAUUGCCAAAAAUGGGCAACUAGUUAACAUUUGUAAUUAAUUUUGUAAUUGUUUUUGCUUGGUUAAUUUAAUUCUCUUUAUUUAAA